UCAAGAAUGCCCGAGCGCCCCGCCAAGCCGACCCGGCGAGGGCGCGAGGAGGAAAGGAAAGCCGGGCAGUGGGGGGGAUGGCUGGCGGGCGGGCGCGCGCUUUCCUGCCCUCUCCCCCUCCGCCACGUGGGCCUGUUGCCUUCCGUUGGUGGAACGGAAGGAGGAGCGCCGCCGCCGCCGCCUCUACCUGAGCUGCCCAGGUAAAGCCCGGGCGCGGAAAGGAGGCGGGCGAGUGGGCAGGCGGCGUCCUCCUCCUCCCUCCUGCCUUUGCCGCUCACCUGGGAGGCGGUGUCCGCCAACGGCUGCCGGGGAAUUAGCGGUGGCCUGGUCUUUCUGGCCGUGAGGCGAAAAGCGGGGGCGGGCGGGGGGGGGGGGGGCCGAAGAGAUCCGCCACUACCACCACCCCCAGGUACCCCUUUGACUCACGCACACGUACACACACACACUCGGCUGGUGUGCGUGCAUUUUCCUCCUCAGCACACGCCCUUGCCCCUUGCCGACACCCUGCUGCUCAUCCUCCCUCAGGUAUUACUCUUUUAGCCAAUUUCUGACUACCUCCAUGAUGAAAAGAUAACUCUACCUGAAGGACUUCUACAUGUGGACUCUCCACGAUGGCUUACAUAAGAGUGCUAAGGAGAUUCAUAAUGAAACAAUUGUCCCAAUGGAAGCUUUGGAAGUUUACCUUCAUUUUUUUAAUCUUUUUAAUCUUUUUGGUUUUGUUACAACGAGAAAUAGGUAUUCCAGAUUUUAAUGAUGAGCCAGGAAUACCAUCAAAAGAUGGGAAGAUAACUAAUGUUCUAGGUCUAGUCUUAAAAGCUGUGAACAAUAUUAAGGCAGCAAAGCCAAAAAUGCAGAUUAAAGCACCUAUUAGGCAAACUCAAAAUGCUGGAGAGAAGCGCUGCUUGCCAGGAUCCUAUACAGCAGCAGAAUUGACGCCUCACCUGGAUCGACCUCCUCAGGAUCCUAAUGCUCCUGGGGCUUUUGGUAAAGCAUUCAGAACUGUCAAUUUAAAUGCAGAAGAGCAGAAGGAGAAAGACCUUGGGGAAGAAAAACAUUGUUUUAAUGCUUUUGCAAGUGACAGGAUUUCUUUACAUCGAGAUUUAGGACCAGACACACGACCUCCUGAAUGCAUUGAGCAAAAAUUUAAACGCUGUCCUCCACUACCUAGUACAAGUGUUAUCAUAGUUUUUCACAAUGAAGCUUGGUCUACUCUGCUAAGAACAGUUCACAGUGUUAUGUAUACUUCCCCUGCAAUACUACUGAAGGAAAUAAUUUUGGUGGAUGAUGCUAGUGUAGAUGAAUACUUAAAAGAUGAACUGGAUGAGUAUGUGAAGCAAUUCCAUAUAGUUAAAGUAGUCCGACAAAAAGAAAGAAAAGGACUCAUAACUGCUCGAUUAUUAGGCGCUUCAAUAGCAACUGGAGAAACCCUCACGUUUUUGGAUGCACACUGUGAAUGUUUUUAUGGCUGGCUGGAGCCCUUGCUAGCCAGAAUAGCUGAAAACUACACUCGCGUUGUAAGCCCUGAUAUUUCAUCUAUAGACUUGAAUACAUUUGAAUUUAAUAAACCCUCUCCUUAUGGUCAGACUCAUAAUAGAGGAAAUUUUGACUGGAGUUUGUCCUUUGGAUGGGAAUCUCUUCCUGACCACGAAAGCAAAAGAAGGAAAGAUGAAACCUAUGCUAUUAAAACACCCACUUUUGCAGGAGGACUCUUUUCAAUAUCAAAGGACUACUUUUAUCAUAUUGGGAGUUAUGAUGAAGAAAUGGAAAUAUGGGGAGGAGAAAACAUAGAAAUGUCUUUCCGAGUGUGGCAGUGUGGGGGACAGCUGGAAAUCAUACCUUGUUCAGUUGUUGGCCAUGUAUUUCGCAGCAAGAGCCCUCAUACUUUCCCAAAAGGGACUCAAGUUAUUACACGCAAUCAAGUUCGGCUCGCAGAAGUCUGGAUGGAUGAAUAUAAAAAUAUAUUUUACCGGAGAAACACUGAAGCAGCAAAAAUUGUUAAACAAAAAUCUUUUGGUGAUCUCUCAAAAAGGCACGACUUAAGGCAACGAUUGCAAUGUAAAAAUUUUACAUGGUACCUUAAUAAUGUUUUCCCUGAGGUGUAUGUACCAGAUUUGAAUCCUCCAUUAUCUGGAUUUUUAAAAAAUGUUGGAAGAAGAGCCUGCCUGGAUGUUGGAGAAAAUAAUCUUGGUGGCAAACCACUGAUUAUGUAUACAUGCCAUGGACUUGGAGGAAACCAGUACUUUGAAUACUCUGCACAUCAUGAAAUUCGACACAAUAUCCAGAAGGAAUUAUGCCUACAUGCUAUUCAAGGAGCAGUGGAACUCCGUGAGUGUGGCUAUAAAGGAAAGAAGAGCAGACUUCCUAUAGAAGAAAAAUGGGAGAUCAGAGAGGGCCAACUGCUGUACAACGCAGCGUUAGAAAUGUGCCUGACAGGAAACAGAGAACAUCCAAGCAUGGUACCGUGUAAUCCCUCUGACCUCUUCCAAAAAUGGAUUUUUGAACAAAAUAAUUAAAACCACCUUUUGGCAAUUAAGAGAUGUUUUCUUAAAAAAUAAUAGCAUCUCUUUCAAACUUAGAGUGAUUUAACUGAAAUUGUGCACAACUAGGUGGCUGUAAACUAUUUAAAAGUGUGUUCAGUUAACAGUAAAUCCAAAGAAUACUUAGGUUUUUCAACUGCUGAAAAAAAAUGUUUACAUAACACUGGAAUUUUCCAGUAUAAAUUGCUUAUAUAAAACCUCUGUUCUUAAGAUGUUGUAAUUCCCUGUGGUUUGGGGAUAGUUUGUAAUGGUUUUAGAUACAUAUAUUCUUGUUAAAAACUUUAGGGACACAUAGAAUGAAGAAGGGGAAAUAAUGCAAUUAUUUUUCUAUAGUAAGUGAAAGAAAUAUAGUGCCUUAUCAGUAUCAUUUUUCAUUUUAAACUGUGAUGAUUUUCUUUUAAUGGCCCACUCUGUAAUACCAGACUGCACACUUGUAAGCAUGUCUUAGAAAUACCUUCUAAGUAUACCAGUUCUUUUGAAAGUACUGUAUAUAAUUCUCCUACCACUGCUAAAUUAAAAGCAGUCCCAGGCUA